AUGUCACGUCUCCAAUCCAUAAGACGGCAGGAGGAGCGACAAUGGUCCACGCCCCUCGCCAAGCAGCUCUUUGAGGCCAUCUCCCUCACCGGGCCCGUUCCCCUAUCCUCCUACAUGCGCAUGUGCCUCACAGGCGACCUGGGCGGCUACUACACGGGCGCCAUCGCCGAGGGCCGGGACCAGUUUGGCGCCAAGGGCGACUUUGUCACGUCCCCCGAGAUCUCGCAGAUCUUUGGCGAGCUCAUCGGCAUAUGGUUCAUCGCGGAAUGGAUCAACCAGGGCCGUCCCAAGAGCGGCGUGCAAAUCAUCGAGGUCGGCCCCGGUCGGGGCACACUCAUGGACGACAUGCUGCGGACGAUUCAGCGGUUUCCUGCUAUGGCCGCCAGCGUCGAGUCUGUGUACAUGGUCGAGGCGAGCAAGGAGCUGAGGGAGGCGCAAAAGACGCUGCUGUGCGGUCCGGACGCGGCCUCGAGCAAGACGGAUGCUGGGUUCGAGAGCAAGAGCAAAUACGAUGGUAAGAAAAUCGAGUGGUCCGACUCCAUCAAAGCUCUGCCAGUCAACCCCAACAAGACCCCCUUUAUCCUGGCGCACGAGUUCUUCGAUGCGCUCCCCAUCCACAUCUUUGAAUCCGCCAUGUCCACCAAACCGCCGCCUGGUCCAUCGACCUCCUCUGCUGCCGCCUCGAGCGAGAAGAAGCACGAGCCCACCCCCGAGUGGCGCGAGAUGCUCGUCUCCCCCACGCCACCUGGGACCACCCACCAGGACCUCAAGACGCCCAAGCUAGAGCAGGGCGAGCCGGUACCUGAGUUCCAGCUGAUCAUGUCCUCGGCGCCGACGCGUCACUCACGCUACGUCCCCGAGUCGUCGCCACGCUACCGCGCCCUCAAGGACACCCCCGGGUCCGUCAUCGAGGUCUGCCCAGACGCCUCGCUCUACGCCACGGAUUUCGCGCACCGCAUCGGCGGCGCGCCGGCGGCGCCCAAGGCGCAACCCAGCGGGGCCGCGCUCAUCCUGGACUACGGCACGUCCGACACCAUCCCCGUCAACUCCCUCCGCGGCAUCCGCCACCACAAGCGCGUCAACCCCUUCUCGGCGCCGGGUCUGGUCGACCUGAGCGCGGACGUGGACUUUCUCGCCAUCGCAGAGGCCGCCAUGCAGGCGAGCGAGGGUGUCGAGGUCCACGGGCCGAUACGCCAGGGCGACUUCCUGGAGUUGAUGGGGAUCCGACAGCGCGCCGAGAUACUGAGCAAGGGAGUCGGCGAGGAGGCCCGGGCCAACAUUGACAAGGCGUGGAAGAGGCUGGUAGAUAGGGGCCCCGGCGGCAUGGGCAAGGUGUACAAGGCGCUGGCCAUCCUGCCGGAGAAUGACGGGCAGAGGCGACCGGUGGGCUUUGGGGGCGAUGUCCGGGACAAGGUCACGGCGGAUGCCUGA